GGGCCACGCUGAGAUCCUCCUCCAUUGUACUUGUCGUGGGCGACGCGGCGGCAGCAGCAGCAGCAGCAGCAGCAUCAUCAUCAGGAGCCGGAGUGAGUCGCUAACUGAGCGGAGGAGAAGCAGCGGCAGCAGGAGAAACCAUGACAUCUGUUGCAGUCGUUCUGGGCUGUUCACUGGUCCUGUCCGUCCAGGCUCUGUACUCGUCCGGCGACGAUGUGGUCGAGCUCACCGCCGCCAACUUCAACAGGGAGGUGAUCCAGAGCGACGGUCUGUGGCUGGUGGAGUUUUACGCUCCCUGGUGUGGCCACUGUCGAAGUCUAGCCCCGGAAUGGAAGAAGGCGGCAACUGCCCUCAAGGGAAUUGUCAAGGUUGGUGCCGUGGAUGCCGACCAGCACGGCUCAGUGGGUGGACCGUAUGGCAUCAGAGGGUUCCCCACCAUCAAGAUCUUUGGAGCCAAUAAGAACAUGCCAGAGGACUACCAAGGUGCACGCAGUAGCCAGGCCAUCGUGGACGCAGCCAUGAACUCUUUGCGCAGUCUGGUGAAAGAGCGGCUGAGUGGCAAAUCUGGCAGCUCUGGCUACAGCAAACAGGGCGGCGGCGGUGGCGGCAACAAGAACGACGUAGUCGAGCUCACAGAUAGCAACUUUGAAAAGAUGGUGCUGGGGAGUGACGAUGUGUGGUUGGUAGAGUUCUUCGCCCCCUGGUGUGGACACUGCAAGAACCUUGAGCCCGAGUGGGCGGCUGCAGCCACAUCCGUGAAGGAGCAGACCAAGGGCAAAGUUCGCCUCGGAGCUCUGGAUGCGACUGUGCACCAGGGCGUGUCAAGCCGCUACGGGAUCCGUGGAUUUCCCACCAUCAAGAUUUUCCGCAAAGGCGAGCAGCAGCCUGAAGACUACCAAGGAGGCCGCUCCCGCGGUGACAUCAUCGCGAAGGCCUUGGAGCUGUUCUCUGAUGACGCUCCUGCUCCUGAAAUGCUGGAGAUCCUCAGUGAAGACAUCUUGAAGAACACCUGCGAGGACAGUCAGUUGUGUUUAAUUGCUGUCCUGCCUCACAUCCUCGACACAGGCGCCGAGGGUAGAAAUGGUUAUCUGGAGGUGAUGACCAAGAUGGCUGAUAAGUACAAGAAGAAGAUGUGGGGCUGGAUGUGGACUGAGGCGGGCGCUCAGAUGGAGCUGGAGGCUUCUCUGGGUAUUGGCGGAUUUGGCUACCCCGCCAUGGCGGCCAUCAACACGCGCAAGAUGAAGUUUGCUCUGCUGAAGGGCUCCUUCAGUGAGACCGGCAUUCACGAGUUCCUCAGGGAGCUUUCUGUGGGCCGGGGUUCCACUGCCACAUUCGGAGGUGGGGCCAUGCCCAAGAUUCACACUGUUGAAGCCUGGGACGGCAAAGAUGGACAGCUUCCUGUGGAGGACGACUACGACCUCAGCGACGUAGACCUGGACGACGACUUUGACAAGGACGAGUUAUGAGCCCGAACGUGGCGGGAUCGGAUCCAGACUGGAUCUGUUCUGGUCCGGUCCUGCACGACCCACCUCCUCUCUCUCCUGUGGACGAAAUGAGAACGGGAAUGUGCCCAUUUACUGAAAUACUCCAGAAAAGACACAUGGGAGACACCUGCAGUUUCUCACAUCAACUUUUGUCAGUCACACAGGGACAAGAAGAAAAAAAAAAAGGGUGGGGUGUUGUCGUGUCCCUGGAGUGAGCUCACGUACCUGCUGAACAUAAGAUGCUGCGUAUUUCUGAAUGUGGCAUCUCCGUUGUUGUCUCUCCUCUUCAAGCACCUACUUUUGGAUGUGGACUUGUCAGAGUAACACUUCAAUGUCCAGUCUGGUGUGUCUAAAAUAUUCUUGUUGUUUUGUUUUUUUUGUCUUUUCAAAUCGGUGAACGAGAAUCUCGCUGGGGUUUUGCACCACGUCUGUCCAGGACGAGGGGGGAUACUGUAGGACUUCUUGUGUAUAUUUUUCUUACACGACUUUUAUUUCAAUUGUGUGGAAACAAAAUGACAUUUUGUUACAAAAAUAAAAAGGAAUAAAAACGGA